CAUGGGAAAUAUCGAGUGUCGACUGUCGAGUGAAAUCGAGAAUGCUCGACUCGGCGAGUUUGACUCGGCGAGUUAGAGAAGAAAGCUUUUCUCAACCGCAAAAUAAUGUUUUAUUUCAAUCCAGCGAUGUGUCACCUGAUGAAAGUUGACAUUUUAUUUUGAAUUGAAUCUCACGCGAGUGGCUUGCUCUUUAGCACUCCGGAAAUAUUUCUAGCACAAGAAUGUUUUAUUCUUGAGAGUUAUUUUCGUGGAUAGACUAGAGUCUAAGACAAUCUAAGUGGAUAUCACUUAAAAAGCCUUCGAAAAUGAAACGUGUGAACUGUGAAACCAUUUCUCGUUUACGAAGUAAAGAUCGGGUAGAAUUAUACCGUCACGAAUUAUAGAAAAACUUUAAAACAAUUCUUCAGCGAAAUUGAAUACGCCUAUCUCGGCUAUCUGUCGAAAAUUCCAGACGAAAGUCGAAAGAUAUUUUAAAUAAGGCAACGGGAUAUGAUAUUGAUUAGAUAUUCAUGCAUGUCCAUAAUUUAUGAUAUUUUGUCAAAAAUAUGAAGAAUAACAAUUACUAACAAUUUUGCAUAAUUAUUAUGUAUGGACGAAUUUUAUCAAUUUUGAUAGAUAUUGCUUGUAAAAACUGUGUAAAUGAUGGCUAUAUUUCAGUGCUUUCGGUCUAUAUCAAACUGAAAUCUCGUUUAAGAAACUUCAUUUAAAAUAAAACAAUGAAUGCACGAUGAAACAUACCGGUUGCAUAUGAUCUGUUUGGGAUAUUUGUUUAAACAUUGAUUGAGCCACUGAACACGCGUGUUGAUAAACGAGAGCACGCUUCUGAUUGCGUGUUUUACGCAACGCAGCUAUCUCAACACGUAAACAUGGGCACCUGCACAAACCAGUGGCACAAACACUUUACAUAAAAUGACAUAAAUACUUAUGCAUGCAUGCCACCCGCUAAAAGUGCUUAACAUGACAAUUCCAAUGAGUGAGUUAUGUUUACAAAGACAUAGCCAAGUCUCAUCUUCACUGCCUGGUAACCUGGCUAUAUGAAACUACUGUUUUUUACACAAACGUGCAAUUCAACAAGCAAAAUGCUUCUGUAUGAUGUUAAGAACCGCGUGAAAAUAACUUUAUUUGAUGAAAACGUAAAAUGAGCAAUCUUUGAUUUGAUACAAGGGUAUCGUUUAUAUUACAGGGGAUAUCCUUAAGCUGACGUUCAAGACUAUUAGAGUAGAGUCUUGCUAUCUUGAAUCGACAUUGUUAAGAACUUUCCGCAUGGCUGAGUUAUUUUGGAAUGAGGCGGAACGGGGAAAAAUGCAAGCUGGAAUAAACAACAUCAAAGGCGCAGCUCAGAAGUUGGUAAACAAUCAGGCAAUUAAUUUAUUAUCAAACUAUGGCUCGGAAAAUUUCAUCGUUGUUCCAGCAAGCAUUGGGAUCUUGCAGUUCUUAGCAAGUCUUUUGGCCGGCGACAGAGAUGAAGAAAGCAUUGGAAACUCCGUGGAAAAGGACGAAGAUUUUCACGAAGCGAUAAAAUUCACGCGUAAUUUACUGGAGGGUAAAAGCGACUUGUUGGGAAACGAGGUGACAAUACUCCACAAUGUUUGGCUGGAAAAUGGAUUGAAACUCGAUAAGGAGGUUCAAAAACUCAUCGCAACAUACUGUGAAACGAGGAUUCUACCGUUAGCGAAUGACAAGAUUAUCAAUAUUAAGAAACUGCAGAGAAAGCUUCAACAGUUAAACAAAUCGGGAAUAUUUACUGACGAGCUACGUACAGCAGAGUUUUCUGAGAUUUCUCCACUAGAAACACUCUUCGUAUCAGCCGUUUAUAUCACCAUGGAAUGGAGAGAGCCGUUUCUCAGUAGCCUCACGACCAAGGGAACUUUUCGUAUCUCAGAGACGGAGAGCAUUGAGGCUGAGAUGAUGGUGCAAAAAGGAGGAAUGGUUUGCGUAACAUGCAAAAACCUGAACGCAACGGUGUUACAACUGCCUCUAACCGCCCGCAACAUGUGCCUGUUGGUGUUUUUACCGAAUGAGAAAACGAAAGGGGUGGACACCAUUUCUGGAAGAUUAACUGCAGAUGUGUUUCAAGAGCUUAUGAGACAGUUAGGCCGAGCUAAACCAGCACCUGUGUAUGUCACUUUGCCAAAAUUUAGUUUGAAGCACUUUGGAAUGUUGCCAGGUCGCUGUGAGAUCAAGAAUCAAGAUGACCGCUCACCGGAAGCAUCUGGAUGUAGGAUACUCCAUAUGACAAAACUCACGAUAAACGAAUUCGGCUUGAAUACACGCGAACGCAAAUCCGACCAAUCAGAAGCCACCGUGAUAUCGCACGUGAUGCAUGAUGGGAUCAAAUGGACGCACUUUACCGCCAGCUCGCCAUUUCUGAUCGCGCUGGUUGAACUGGAGUAUGAACUCAUUUUUCUCAUAGGUAAAGUUGAAAGACCUGAGAUAACUAAUAAUGACAGACGAUGUAGUGGUGGAAGAAAGGUUAGAAGAUGGCGUUGUAUUUAAAUUAUCCAUUUUAUUUCAUCCAUUAUUUUACUAUAUCUAUUAUGUUACUGUUAUCAUUGUUUAUUACAAAAUGUUUAUUGUUAUCUCUUGUAUAUUUGGUUAGUUUAUUUCAAGCGUUUUUCCCUGCGAGCCUAGCCUAAAUUUAUUGCAACGAACUUCGAUAAGUCCACAGGACCCAAGAUUAUCAUUAAAUGUUAAAUUAUAACUAUAUUUUUG